AGCGGUCAUUGCUCAGAAGGAUACCUGCGCGGGUGCAUGGUGGCAGUGGCGGCAAGUCGAUGUCGAGACGUUUCGGAGGACGGGGAUAGGAUAGCUGGAAAGCGUACGACCCAAGUCGGGCGAGAGGUACCAGAGCCUGACGUCUGCUACCUGCGACAUAUGAUCGGUCUUGGAGGAGACCACGAUGGUGACGAGGCCCCGAUACAGGUAUUCCUGUCCCUGUAUCCCCUUUCAAUGGUACGCACCGUCAGUACCGGUCGCAUAGCUAUCGAGACGGAGGCGACCUGGCAGGCCAUCUCGCAGCUGCCCGACGUUCGCGAGAUUGAGAUCGCGGAUAGCCAAGGCACUGCCGCCUCCUUGUUCAGGUUCAUGGAGCAGAGCCCUUUGGCGUUCCCCAAGCUGGAACGGCUGGUUUUCCGUAACAUCAUCUGGAACAAGGAGCCAAAGCAGGCCGGCUCUCUCAUGCUGUUGUUGAUACGGCUGCUGGAAGGCCGCAAAGAGCGCGGCUUGGGCGUGAGGCGUCUCGACGUCCACUCCGGCAGUAACGUGGACACCAAGAGCAACUUUCACCAGGACCUCCCGAAGCUGAAGAUGCUGGUCGAGGAGCUCGAGUUUUCUGAGGGCGUGUCGCAGGACGGAUGCGAUACCUGUGAGCAUGCUCACAGCGACCCCGAAAGGCCGCUUUCAGACUCGGCUUCCGAGUCUAAAUCCGGAUCUGAUGGCGACGGGCAAGCCGAGUGACACCAUGAUGGCCAGUAGAGGAGGCGUAGGUCUGGGUGGUGGCUACGGAGUCUGUCUAGUUUUCUUGUCUUCGAAGCAAUAGUUCACAUCGUGCCGUUCCCAAGAUGAGCGCUUCACUUGGAUUUACACAUGUGCUUGACAUGGAUCCCCUGUACAGUAAUUCAAUAUUCAAUGAUGACACCCUGUUU